GACAAUGCGCAUAGAGCGUCACUGUGCGUCAGCGCCAGUUGCCAGCCACAGAGAAAGAAAGGAGGCGCACAGUUUGCUAUUGAUAGAAUAGUUCAGCAAUCUUUAUUUUUUUAACGUUUACUGUAGUUUAAAUUGACAUAUCCACUACGCGCCUGGGCCAGUCUACAGGCACACUUUACCCCCGCUCUGGCACACUUGCAACCCGAAAUGAGCGGCAGCGGGCGGCCCAGGACUAGCUCGUUUGCUGAGCCUCCGGGGGUCCCGGGAGCCGCUGCAGCCGCUGCCGGAUCAGCCGUCGCCGGUGGAAGCUCUUCAGGAAAGACGGGGGGCGCGCAGGCCUCAGGCGGGAGUUCGUCUGCUUUCGGAAACCUAAAGCUGGGCAGGGAUAGUGGGAAAGUGACAACGGUAGUGGCCACACCAGGGCAGGGUCCCGACCGCCCUCAGGAGGUCUCGUACACAGACAUCAAGGUGAUCGGGAAUGGCUCAUUUGGAGUGGUGUACCAGGCUCGGCUCAUCGACAGCCAGGAGAUGGUGGCCAUAAAGAAGGUGCUUCAGGAUAAGAGGUUUAAGAACCGUGAGCUACAGAUAAUGAGGAAGUUGGACCACUGUAAUAUUGUCAGGCUACGCUACUUCUUCUACUCCAGUGGAGAAAAGAAAGAUGAAGUGUAUCUAAAUCUGGUGCUUGAUUUCGUACCAGAAACCGUGUACAGGGUGGCACGACACUUCAACAAGUCCAAGACCACCAUCCCCAUUAUCUAUGUCAAAGUGUAUAUGUAUCAGUUAUUUCGCAGUCUGGCAUAUAUUCAUUCCCAAGGCGUCUGCCAUAGAGACAUAAAGCCACAGAAUCUCCUGGUGGACCCAGACACAGCUGUACUCAAACUGUGUGACUUUGGCAGUGCAAAACAGUUAGUUCGUGGGGAGCCCAAUGUGUCAUACAUCUGUUCGCGGUAUUACCGCGCUCCCGAGCUAAUAUUCGGAGCCACGGAUUACACAUCCAACAUUGAUAUCUGGUCAGCUGGCUGUGUAUUAGCAGAGCUGCUUCUGGGACAGCCCAUAUUCCCCGGUGACAGUGGAGUGGACCAGCUAGUGGAGAUCAUCAAGGUUUUGGGGACCCCGACAAGAGAACAGAUCCGAGAGAUGAACCCCAACUACACAGAGUUUAAAUUCCCACAGAUCAAAGCACACCCUUGGACAAAGGUGUUUAAGCCGAGGACCCCUCCUGAAGCCAUCUCAUUGUGUUCUCGUCUGUUGGAGUACACGCCGGUGACGCGGCUCUCUCCGCUGGAGGCCUGUGCACACGCCUUCUUUGACGAGCUGCGCCAGCCGAAUGCCCGUCUGCCUAAUGGCCGAGAACUUCCCCAACUCUUCAACUUCAGCCCUGUGGAGCUGUCUAUCCAACCACAGUUGAACUCCAUUCUCAUUCCUCCCCAUGCUCGCUCGCAGACGACACCUGCCUCACACGAGGGCAGCGGUUCAGACGGUCCAGCCCAGUCUAGCUCAGCACCGGGACCCCUGAGCAACAACACCUAAUUGUUCCCUUGGCAUUACUGCGACGUUAUCACCCCUCUCUCCUCAUCCCUUCUUUCUCAUUCCUCUCUCCUUCCCAAAAGCAGCUCCAAACAGUCUCCCUUGCACGUACCCUCUCAGAAACACACAAGCACGCACACUUGUCACCUCGUGUUAGGUGUCGUCAUGAUGGUAGAAGUGUGUGAUGCCCAGAUUAAUGACGUCAGUCAUCACAGGAGGAGAUAAUGAGGUCGAUGUAAAUUUAGUAUGGUGAUUGUCAUGUUUCGGUUUAAAGACUGCGAAGGGCCGCUUAGGGCACACGUGCCCUCUAGUGGCAGGAAGAGCACCGCACAGUUCCUGCUCUCUCUGCCUUUUCAUUUGACUUUUUAAAUGAUGAGAUAUCAAGCUCAUUUAAAUUUAAUUUUGCUCUUAAAGUCAUACAUUUUAGCUUUCUUUAGGAGUUCUUGCACAAAAGCAAGGACUGCGACGUGUUUUAUGAAGCAGCGAGCGUGAGAUGUCAGUGUUUGUGUGUCAAGAUGUGCUGUUUCUCUUCACGGAGAUGAAAAUGGGUGUCUUAAUAUGUGCGAAUGUCAAUUUUAAGUAAUCAUUGCACACUCUUUUGUGUUUUAAUUUCUUUUAAGGAGAACAGGUAUUUGGAUAAGUUAAGACAGGGUUUAUCUGGGGGGUUUGUCAGUUUCGUUAUUAAAAACGUUCUCACUUUUGUUUUUGUGCAUGCGCAUACAGACACACGUAUAUAACUGGUAGGUCAGUCCCAUCGAUAGCCGUGUUAGCUGUUCCGAUUGAUUACAUUUGUGCAUUGAGUCUACGCCGUGUGUGUGUUUAUAUAAAAUGGGGAUUUUGCGGAUGUUCAUCCAAAAGACACAUUGAUACAUGAGCCCACACACACACCAUAAAUACUUAGCAAAUGAGACUGGAGCUGUUUGUCUUUCCCUUCUUCUUCCAUCCUUCCUCUCUCCUCCUCCUCUCUCAUUGCUAAUAUGUAAAUGCCAUGUACCUUUUAUUUUGUUAUUUUUGUUAUUGUUAUUCUGUUGUCCUUGUAAUUAGAUUUUUCUCCUAGUGGAGCAGUGCUGGUAUGAGCAGAAACCAGCCUUUCUCGGUCUCUCUCUAUCUCUUUCUCUCUCUCGCCCUACCUUCCUCCCUCCCUCUCUCUUUCCUUCCGCCUAUCCCUUCAUCAUACAACUGUAUAUAACAUUUCAUCCAGCCUCUCUCUGUGUCCUGGGGAGAAAGACGAAACUGAACAAAAUUUUGUUUUUACCUGAUAUCUCUCUCAGUCUCUUUCUCUUACUCUCUCUCCUCAUCCGCCCGACCGACCGCCCACCUGCCUGCCUGCCCUUCCCCCUCCUCAUCAGUGUUAAUUCUGAUCCUUUUAUUUAUUGUAUUGCUGUCUGAUUCUGUUUUUAACAAUCUGAUGGGGGAGGGGUUUGUGUGUGUGAUGUCAUUUGGUGUAACGUUCAUAUCUCAAACUCUGGAAUAUUGUCUGAUGGAACGUUCUGGAAAGGGCAGGUACACACUACCACACACAGGCUGCUCGGCCCAUCAGUGAAAAGAUGAACGGUUAAAGGGAGAGAGAGGGAGAGAUAAACAAUGUUUUUGUUUGUUGGUAUAAAUAAUAAACUCAUUAAUAAAGUCAUGAAAUGUC